GGAAGAGUGCAGAAGGAGACUAUCACCAUGGCGACAUUAACCAUCAUUCUGCUUGUCAGCACAGCUUUUGCUCUGGGAGAUGCUACGAUACGACCCAUGACCCCCUGUGAGCGUGCUAGAUAUGCUGCGACACAUGGCCCAAUUGGAGCCUACAUCCCCACGUGCGACGCCGCUGGACGAUACACCCCUAAGCAAUGUUCGGGCUCUACAGGUUACUGUUGGUGUGUGACCACUACUGGACAGAAGAUCCAGGGUACGGACACUCCACCAGGCACUGCUAUCAACUGCUAGCAACUGUUCCAAG